GGCACUGACCCAUUGGCGGCAUUAUCUCCUUGGGAGGUUCUUCAUCGUCAGGACUGAUCACCAGACCCUAAAGUGGAUGAGAACUCAGCCUGUGCUCUCUGAUGCCUUGAAGUGCUGGAUCGAGGUCAUUGAACAGUAUGACUUCGGACCCCAGUAUCUGAAGGGGGAGUACAACAAAGUUGUUGAUGCCUUAUCACGUAGGUCUGACUUCUCUGGUGCGCUGAUCACUGAGUUCGGGCUUGCGGACGAUGUCACUCGUUCUACGGUGGAAGCCUAUUGCGAGGAUCCAUUUAUGUCUGAGAUCAUUCGCAGACUCGAGGCGAAGGACAAAGUGACUUCUGUCGAGUUUGAGUUGGUCAACGGCUUGCUCUUCCUUGAGAAGGUUGGGAAUAAACGUUUGUGUGUGCCUAAUAGGGAGUCUUUAUGUAGUUUAUUCUUAGGCGAGUGUCAUGAUGCCACCGGACAUUUUGGCUUCAAGAAGACUGCAACCAAUCUGCUGCAGCGAUUCUGGUGGCCCACGAUGAUGAGAGAUGCCAAACUCUAUGUCGAGACUUGUCAAGUUUGUCAAUGGGAUAAGCCCCCGACACAGGCUCCUCGUGGGCUGCUCAAGCCCUUUCCCAUUCUGGAAAGGCCUGGUAAAAGUCUGUCCAUGGACUUCAUGGAUACACCGGUCACCAGCAAGAGUGGCAUGAGGUAUAUCUAUGUCAUCAUGGACAGAUUAAGUAAGUAUGUUAGAUUAGUGGCAAUGCCGAAGACAGCAAAGAUCGAGUACGUUAUCGAGUUAUUUAAGGAAAACUGGGUCAGAGACUUCGGUCUGCCGAAGUUUAUAAUCAGCGAUAGGGAUGUCGGAUUCAGCAAUGAAUUGUGGAAGGCCGCAGCUGUAGAACAAGGAACGCAACUGCAGAUGACAUCUGGAAAUCAUCCGGAGGCAAAUGGACAGACAAAGAAGAUGAACCGCGUUGUUCAACACUUAUUGAGGCAUUACAUUAAGCCUAAUCAAGUGGACUGGGAUGAGAAGCUUGCUCUCAUCGCCAGCCUGUACAACAACGCAGUUCAUCGUGUCACGGGAGUAAGUCCCAAUAGCCAACUUCUAACAUUCAAACCCAGACUUCCCCUUGGCUUCAAGAAGACUGCAGCCAAUUUGCUGCAGCGAUUCUGGUGGCCCACGAUGAUGAGAGAUGCCAAACUCUAUGUCAAGACUUGUCAAGUUUGUCAAUGGGAUAAGCCCCGGACACAGGCUCCUCUUGGGCUGCUCAAGCUCUUUCCCAUUCUGGAAAGGCCUGGUAAAAGCCUGUCCAUGGACUUCAUGGAUACGCUGGUCACCAGCAAGAGUGGCAUGAGGUAUAUCUAUGUCAUCAUGGACAGAUUUAGUAAGUAUGCUAGAUUAGUGACCAUGCCGGAGACAGCAAAGAUCGAGUACGUUAUCAAGCUAUUUAAGGAGAACUGGGCCAGAGACUUUGGUCUGCCGAAGUCUAUAAUCAGCAACAGGGAUGUCUGAUUCACCUGUGAACUGUGGAAGGCCGCAGCUGUAGAACAAGGAAUGCAGCUGCAGAUGACAUCUGGAAAUCAUCUGGAGGCAAAUGGACAAGCAGAGCAGAUGAACCGCGCUGUUCAACACUUGUUGAGGCAUUACAUUAAGCCUAAUCAAGUGGACUGGGAUGAGAAGCUUGCUCUCAUCGCCAGCUUGUACAACAACGCAGUUCAUAGUGUCACAGGAUGAGAAUAGAAACAAAUCAAUCACGAGUACCAAUUAUAUCAACCGUACAGGAUGAACAAUUUAAUUUCCACCCAUAUUUCCUUUGAGAACGCAAGGAAAUCAUGAUGAAACAGCUUCUUCGACAUGUAAGGCCCGGAGGGAUAAGCAAAGAUCAUUCAGAAGAAAAUCAUGAACACGGGGGAAAUCGCUUACGACCCUGCCUACCCUACCCUACCCUACCUACUUCAAAGUUCGCUCCCAGGUCAUCAAAUAUACUCUUAAUCUUGUUCCGCUGAGAUAACUCGAUUCCGCUAAACCAAGUCGUCAUUCCUCCUCCCCCCCCUUCACAGGUGUGCAACCAGGGACACUACAGAGCGAAAAGUGCACACACACACACACACACACACACACACACACACACACACACACACACAGAGACAGACAGAGAGAGAGAGAGAGAGAGAGAAGACAGAGGGUUGCAAAACCAGA